AUUAACUCAGGGAGAUUGCAGAGCACACGCCUAGGAGGACAGCACUCCAGCGACUAGUAUCAUGAUCCUUUUAUCCUCUAUUGUGCUACUGAUCUUGACUAUUUUCCCUUCACAUUCUGCCAACCUCAUCUCACAAGUGGGCAAAUAUCAAAAUAUUUAUGUCCGCAUGGCUGAAGGUUUAAUGUCUAUUCCAUCUGUCCCUCCUGAUACACAAGUUAUUUUGCUUUCCUUUAAUCGGAUUUCAUGUAUAUCCCAGGACUCUUUCCAAAAUCUCCCUCAGCUGCAGGUUCUCACCCUUGGCGCACAGGUUACCAUUGGAUCUGUCUAUGUUGCUCCAGCUGCCUUUCAAAGCCUUCCUAACCUCACCACUCUUGACCUUGGCAGCAACCACAACCUCAGAUUACAUCCUGAAGCUUUCCGUGGUCUUCAAAAACUAGAAACCCUGCUCCUUGACCAUACAGGACUGAAUGAAUCUGUCCUAGAAUCUGAUUUGUUUGCAGAGCUAACCUCUCUGAAGAAGCUUGACCUCUCAUAUAACAAUAUACGCAGACUACAGCCAGAUCCUAGCUUCCUGGGGUUGCACUCAAUUUCCACCAUCCUUUUAAAGCUUAACAAAAUCAGAGAUGUGUGUGGAGACACUCUCCAGAACUUGCAAGGAAGAAGAUUGGAGCUACUUGACCUUUCAUCUAAUCCUCUUCAGGUUUAUAACACAUCCUUUUGCCCCAACCCUUUUAGAAACAUCACAUUAGGCACCCUAGAUAUAUCUUCAAUGGCCUGGAAUGCAGAAAAGGUAGAGACUUUUUUUCAAAUAAUUUCUGGAACUCAAGUGAACUAUGUACGGAUGAAGCACAGCGCUUUGUUAGGGAGUGGAUUUGGGUUUAACAACUUAAAGAACCCAGAGAAAAGCACAUUCUCAGGCCUCAGCCAGAGUGAUGUGUACAUUCUUGACCUAGCAAAUAGCUACAUCUCAGAAUUGUCUUCUAACGUAUUUUCUGUGGUUCCAAAACUCCUGCUUCUUGAUCUGUCUAACAGCCAAAUAAACCACAUCAACCCUGGAGCAUUCACAGGUUUAAGACAACUGGUUAGCCUUAAUAUGUCAGGAAAUCUCAUUGGAGAAAUUACAAAAAACAAUUUUGCAAGUUUGUCAUCUUCCCCUCUUACAGCCCUGGAUCUCAGUUCCAACCAUAUUGGAGUUAUACAACAUGGAGCCUUGAAUGGCUUUCACUCCUUGAAUUCCCUCAGCUUUAGGGACAAUGCCCUUACAUAUAUCCCACCUGUCGAGCUGCCAAGCUUACAUUUUGUCUUACUUAAGCAAAAUCGCAUCUCCAACACUUAUGGUCUGACAUCCUUCUGCCCGAACUGUAAAUUUGUAGAUCUUUCUAGUAAUCGCCUGUCUGAUCUGAGGAGCUUGUGGAAUAUCCUUGAGUUACGUUCUCUACAACAACUUCUAUUGAGUAAUAAUAAGCUCUCACAGUGUUCACCUAAUGCCCCCAACAAACUUCUAGGUAACAGUUCCCUUCUUCAUUUGGAUCUAUCAGAUAAUACCCUUGGACAAGUCUGGAAUGCCGGCCAGUGUUCAGACAUCUUCCUACCUCUGGCCUCACUGGAAACACUCAAUCUUGCAAAGAACGGAAUUUACUCUCUGCCUGAAAACUUAUUCAAAGGGUUUACGAAACUCAAAACUUUAGACAUGUCAAGAAAUAACCUUAGGUUGAUCCAUCAAGAAUUGUUCAUUGACUUGGAGGCACUAAAGUCAUUAAAUAUAGGAAGCAACAACCUUAUCACCCUGUCACCUUCAAGUUUUACUCCUUUGGUGUCCUUACAAAGCCUUGACCUAUCAGAUAUAACACUGAUAUGUAACUGUGCCAUUAAUGAAUUCUGGCACUGGAUGACAGCAACGAAUGUGGUUGUGAAAGUCAACCAUGAAGAGGAGAUCUCAUGUCUCAACCUGUCUCCGCCAGUGCGAGAGAUCCCAUUGACAGUAUACUUCAAUGAAUGUUAAAGGUGUUCAGUCACAGACUUGUAUCAUUUACACUUUGUAAAUUACGUAUUGGAUGUAUCAAGUCAAGCAUAUAACAUCUACAGUUAUACUGCCUUUCUUGUCUUUAUGGGCACUUAUAUAAUGUUCAAAUGACUUACACUGUAGUUUAUAAAUAGACUGAAUUUACAACUUGUUAUAGACUGAAAUUCCCUUUGUAAAUAAAUGACAUGAUAUAUCCUGUACUGAUCAUAUGUUACAACCUGUA